AUGGUGAUAAGUACAGGUGUGUACAUCGCAGCUGUCAUCAUAGCAGUCAUCGUGGUGUUGACUGUUCUCGGCUGUCUCCUCACCAUCGUCGCCAUCUUGGCCCGCCCGAACCUGAGGAAGCUGGUCAACGUGCCCCUGGUCAGCCUCAGCUGCGCAGACAUCCUCUUCGCCACCUGCGACGCCGCCUUGUGGAUCUACCACUUCCUGCACCCCCAAUGGGAACCGCCAGGGGCGCUGUGCUGGUUUGAAUCGUACACCACUCCCGUGCUGUGGGGGGUGUCGAUAGGUCAUAUGCUGUGUAUCGCUCUCCAACGGUACUUCAAUGUCUGUACCUACAGCACGCGUCUGAAGUCUACCUGUGUCCUCGUCAUCAUGCUUUCACUCACAUGGUUGCUUCCCAUCGUUUCAUUCUUACCUGUGCAUGUCCUUGAAGAAGUUAAGGUAGACCCAAAGCUGAAACGAUGUGCUUUGGGAGGAUCAGCUAAUCUAUGGGGAAAGAUAACACCGACCGUUCUCAUCCUCAUCAUCCCAUACAUAGUGUCCCUCGUCUGUUACGCGCUCAUCCAUAACCAUGUCAGGAAGAGUAAGAGACGCGUCAUGGCCAACGCCAAUCACCACCCGAAACGUUGGGCUGUGCAGUUCUCUCGUGGAACGCAAGGUGGCGAGGCUGGACCUUCUACCUCCACUACUGCAACUACCCACACCACACGUUCCUCGAGAAACGCGUACGGUGGAGUUUGGACGGGAGACGACAAUUCCUCCUCAUGUGAUGAUGACGAACAAAACGCAGUUAACCAGAAUAAGCCAGGAAAAGCUAAUCACAAAAAUAUCAUCCUGGUCACUCCAGUGCCAGAUACAACUGAGAAACCUACAGAAAAAAGACAGCAUGGGAGGGGCAAAACACCAAAUGCCAAAUCUCACAACACCAAUGCUGCCGAGAGGCAAAUCACCAAAAUGAUGAUGACUCUCUUCGCCGUGUACACAGUAUGCUGCAUGCCCAUGACCCUAAUGGUGAUGGUCUACACUAAGGUACCGUCCGAAGCAUUCAUGGUUGCCUCUGUCCUGAUGGCUCUAAACGGCGCCCUGAACCCGAUCGUGUACGGCCUGAUGAACAAAAAUAUCCGCCAGGGCUAUAAGCAUAUCUGGGACUGUGUCCUCAACUACAUAACGUGA